AUGGCCGCGGCCGCCCUCCUUCGCCGCAUCCCCGCCGCGCGGGCCCCGGCCACGGCCUUCAUGGCGGCGCGCCCGAUCUCCGAUUCCACGGCGGCGCUCACCAUCAAGACUUCUGUCCCUUUCACCUCCCACCUCGUCGACCCGCCAUCGCGCGAUGUCACCACCACCCCCGCCGAGCUCGUCACCUUCUUCCGCGACAUGUCCCUCAUGCGCCGCAUGGAGAUCGCCGCCGACUCCCUCUACAAGGCCAAGCUCAUCCGCGGGUUCUGCCACCUCUACGACGGCCAGGAGGCCGUCGCCGUCGGCAUGGAGGCCGCCAUCACCCGCUCCGAUUCCAUCAUCACCGCCUACCGCGACCACUGCACCUACCUCGCCCGCGGAGGGGACCUCGUCUCCGCCUUCUCCGAGCUGAUGGGCCGCGAGGCCGGCUGCUCCCGCGGGAAGGGCGGAUCCAUGCAUUUCUAUAAGAAGGAUGCCAAUUUCUACGGCGGGCACGGCAUCGUCGGCGCGCAGGUGCCCCUCGGAUGCGGCCUCGCCUUCGCUCAAAAGUACAAGAAGGAGGACACGGCCACGUUCGCGCUCUAUGGUGACGGUGCGGCUAACCAGGGACAGCUCUUUGAGGCUCUCAACAUUUCGGCCCUCUGGAAACUGCCUGCCAUAUUGGUCUGCGAGAACAACCAUUAUGGGAUGGGAACAGCGGAGUGGAGGGCAGCGAAGAGCCCUGACUACUACAAGCGUGGCGACUAUGUGCCUGGAUUGAAGGUUGAUGGAAUGGAUGUUCUUGCUGUGAAGCAAGCGUGCAAAUUUGCAAAAGAUCAUGCUGUUGCAAAUGGCCCAAUUGUCCUUGAGAUGGAUACCUACAGGUACCAUGGCCACUCUAUGUCAGAUCCAGGAAGCACUUACCGCACCAGGGAUGAGAUUUCAGGUGUCAGGCAGGAACGGGACCCAAUUGAAAGGGUUAGAAAAUUGCUUUUUACUCACGACCUGGCAACUGCUGCUGAGCUCAAGGAUAUGGAGAAAGAAAUCAGGAAACAAGUAGAUGACGCCAUUGCUAAAGCAAAGGAAAGUUCUAUGCCUGAUACUUCUGAGCUCUUCACAAAUGUUUAUAAGAAGGGCUUCGGCGUGGAGUCAUUUGGGCCAGACAGGAAGGAGUUGAGAGCUUCCCUUCCAUAG